UAUUUUAUCUCCAUUUAUUUCUUUUUUAUUUUUAGCGACACUUUCAUUACUACAAUUGAAAUUUGUAUUGGAAUGAAUAUAGUUAUAUAUGGUAAUUAUAAGAUUUUUUUGAAUUAUAAGAUGCUUUGGGGAUUCCAUCCAGUGCAACAAGAGCCCCCCUCCCUUAAUUCUAUUCUAUUGGCUGAGAUGCUCGGGAUUGGUCAGAUGAUGAUCAGCUGGUGUGUUUCCCUACUCGCUCACACUGGCACCUCGCCACCCCCUUUCGGCUAAAACCAAACCUCACAUAAAGUAAUGGCAAAACACACUUCGACUAUAAAACACAACAAAUCAUAACACACGCACAAUAACGGUGGCCACCCAAUGAGUUCCUACUUCGUCAACACAACUUUUCCCGUGUCUCUAGGCGGGGGACAGGAUUCUUUUCUGAAUCAAAUACCGUUAUAUUCUUCUGGAUAUACCGACACUUUGAGACAUUAUCCGAGCGCCACGUUCGGGGCGAGCAAUGUCCAGGAUAAGGUAUACUCCAACUCAUACUACCAACAAGCUAGCGGAGUAUUCGGGAGAAGUGGUUCAGGCGCUGCUUGCGAUUACGCUGCGUCCAGCAUAUACAGAGAGACGGAGCGCACAUCGUGUCCUCUCGGAGCCUUGGAGGAGUCUCUGGCUCUCACACAGGGGCAUAGCAAAACGGAAGGCUCAGAGCACACUUCAGACACUUAUUCCUACAGCGAAAACAAGCCCUGUGCCCCCGUUUACCCAUGGAUGCAGAGGAUGAACUCGUGUAACGGCAUUCCUGGCACCACUGGCCGCAGGGGUCGUCAGACAUACACUCGAUUUCAGACUCUUGAGUUGGAAAAAGAGUUCCAUUUUAAUAGAUAUUUGACCAGAAGGCGCAGGAUUGAAAUUUCGCAUGCUCUGUGUCUAACAGAACGACAGAUUAAGAUCUGGUUCCAGAAUCGGAGAAUGAAGUGGAAGAAGGAGAAUAAAGUAAUGAACUCUGAAAAGACCAGCGAAGAGGAGGAUGGUGGAAAGACGGGAUAAAUGAUCUCGAUAUAAGCACUGUGUUGUAAAUAAUAAACAAGUCCAAUAUUUUUACCCACAAUACAUAGGCUAUAGUAUUUUCGUGUAGAUGUACGAAUUUAACCUAACAAAACGGUUAUUCAUUUAAGGCUUCGUUGAAGUGGAAAAGCUAAAAACCCUUCUCAGGGUUGUAAAACAUUCAUCUUUCUAAUUUCUUUAAUUUUCCUCCCACUGUGUACUAUUUUCCGCCAUUAGAGCAAUGUUAUUACCUGGCACAAGAUGAAUGGCUGAAUUUUAAGACUCUUGCUUCCACGACGUAGAACAGGCUUAUAUUGAAGGCUAAGGGGGACAGUUUUACUGCUGACAUAUUGGACAUUCGUGUGUUUAAACGUUCUCGUGUGUAAUUUAUUUUGUUCGUUACGUUUGUGUAUGUGGAUGCACUGAUAAAAAUAGUGAACUUUGUUAGCAAUGCCAUUUUGCCAAUAAAAUAUGUUUAACCAA